AUGAAAAGUGAGUCGCGCCACAGCACGGUGUCUAUCGACCCCUUCCACGCAGCACCACGUCCGCCUCCUCCGCUUCUCCGCUUCUACCGCUGUAUCAUCGUCGUCACUGCCUUGGCCAUCGCCUCGCUGCUUGCGGGCGUGGCGCUCGCUGUCGCAGGCGUGCUCGCCUUGGUCAGCCCAGACUCGAGCCUCGCGGCGCUAGACCGCAAUGUGUGGAACGUCGAGGUCGACUGCGACGGCGGCGGAAACAACGAGCUUCAAUGCUACGUCGAUUCACAGGAGAACAUCGACGUUCGCGAUGGCAUGCUCCACAUCACGGCUCGCAGGGAGAGCGACGGCCGCGUCACCUCGGGUCGGCUCACGACGGAGGGCAAGGUUGAGAUUGCCUAUGGCCGCUGGGAAGCGCGGCUGAGAGUGCCCGGCGUGCUCGGCACAUGGCCAGCAUUUUGGACCCUCGGCAACGACAUCGGAGAGGUUAGCUGGCCUGCGUGCGGCGAGAUCGACAUCAUGGAGAACUUCCAGCGCGCGCCGCCCGACCGCUCCGGCGAGAGCCUCUACUCGACGGCGCACUCGGCAAAGCACUCUUGGGGCACGGGGACUGCGCUGCCGGGCGGCAGCUCCGAGCCGCUCGACCUCACCCAGUUCCACACCGUGCGGAUGGACUGGUCACCGGACAAGCUUGAGUUCUUCGUGAAUGGGGAGCGCACCUGGUUCCUCGACCGCAGCCCCGGCUCGACCAACUACGACUGGCCCUACGCCAAGCCCCACUUUGCGCUCCUCAACCUCGCCAUCGGCGGGAACGGCGUCGGGUACGCCACGCCGCCCGACGACGCCUACCCACUCACCUACUCGAUCGACUAUGUCUCGAUCGUGGCGCUGCCGCCCCCGCCGCCCUCUCCACCUCUUCCGCCGUGGUUCAAGUGCGGCACGGCCGCGUGCACGCCAGGGGUGUGGGCGGCGGCGGCGGCGAAUAGCGAGUGCACGACGUGCUCGUGCGGCGAUCGGAUCGAGUGGCUGCAGACGUCGCCGGAUGGACCAAAGAUGGACGAGGCCGCGGCCUGUGCGCAGGUGGCGGGUGUCGAGUUUUCAGAGGCCUGCGGCGGCUGCGAUCCGGCCUCCGCCGCCCCCUCGCCAACGCCGUCGCCCUCUGGCCCUGGCAGCGGCGGCGGCGUUGGAGCCCGAGGCGUCAAGUGCGCCAUCGCGGCUGAAUAUGGUCGAGGCAGCAACAACGCGCAGGCAGCCAUCGAAGCCGGGCUCCUGACGGCCGCCGACCUCAACGGCCUCAACGACUGGACCGACUCGGGCCUCAUGCUCAAGCAGUGGGACGACUCUUCGGCGCUGUGCCCGCCCCCGGCCGGAAGCCUCGACGUGCGAGGCGGCGUGGAGCAGUGGCUCACGGCCAUGGACACCAUCUUCGAUCCGCCUACACAGGUGUCGUCCGUUUGCAUCGAGGAGGCGUACUACUUUGCUGAGCACGGCUUCGGCGGCGUCGCGUACGAGAACGAAGUGCAGGCGUCGGCGACGACGUCCGAAGAGAGCGCGAGCCGGGUGGUUGACCGCUUUCGCUCGCUCUGCGCGUCGCCGGCGCCGCUGGCCUCGCCCUCGCCCUCACCCCCUGCGGAGACGGCGCCCUCGCCCUCACCUCCUGCGGAGGGCAACUCGGACGACCCACGUGCGACGAGGUUCGGCUUGAUGUUUGCGCCCGAUGACUCGGGCGACGUGCGGUACGAGAUCGACGCGACGCAGCUUGUCGAGUGGGUGGGCGCGCCGCGUGCCAGCGCUCCGGCAAACGCGCAGGACUACUGCAACGGGGCGGGCACGAGCGACGCGCCGUGCGUCUGGAUCAUCAACGAGGACGUGCCCGGGUGCGACAGCUGCCGCUACGAUGCGGGAGGCGUGUCCUUCCUGCCUGGGAGCGCGAUCGCCGUGCCUGCGUCAAGUAUCACGCAGUGGGGUUCGCUGACGCUGCCCCUACAGCUCGACGGUAUGUACUGGGUGACGCCGACUCGGCCGACGGAGCCGCUGCCCGACUACACCGCGCCCGAGACGGGGCGGGUCUACCGCGCCGCCGGGGAGCCGCCGGAUCCGUGGGCGAUGAACUGUUUCGAGGUGGACGGCCUCGCCGAGUGCAACUCUGACAACUCGGCCGCGGGGUGGCGGCUCGACAUCGCGUCCAACACCGCGGAGCUCUACAUCAACGCCGUCGACCGCAUCGCCCUGACGCGCGGCGCGCGGCGGUCCUUCUUGGGCGACCUCGUCGACCUCAAGAUCGAGUACGACGCGUCCAGGUCCAACGUGUUCGCGACGCUCAGCCGAAACGCGGCCGCCAGCCGGAACCCGGCCUUCUACCCCUGCAAGGGCUGCUGCAGCAAUUGGCCUGUCCCUGCGACGGCGACGUGCGAGACGCACUGGCGGACCUUUGCAAGGGCGGAGGGGUUUUGA